AUGAGGUUACUUUGUUUUUACCUCAUCGCAGAAUUAAUAAUAUGUUUUACAUACGGACUAAAGAAUAAUUCACAUUUUAAUAAUUUGGACCUACAACACACAGGAGAUGGAUUAUUAUUUUUGAAUAAUGCUUAUAUAAAUAAGACUUUAGAAAGCAAAAGAAAUAGGAUAACAGCAAAAACACCAUCAGGAAAAAAGAGAAAUGCAAUAUAUUCACAAAAUAAUGUUGAAGAUUUACAAAUUGGAAACAUUAGUAAUACAAAUACGAAAAAAAAUAAAAUAUCAUUUACAAAAUGUAAACAAAUAGCCACUGUAGGACCAUCAACAGAAAUGUUUGAAAAUCUUGAAAAAUUAUACUUAAGUGGAAUUGAUGUAUUUAGAUUAAAUUUUUCACAUGGUCCCAAAAGUAUUAAAAAGUAUAUAAUUAAUGCUAUAAGAAUAUUAGAAAAAAAAUAUAAUACAUCAAUUGGGAUAUUAGGGGAUAUACAAGGUCCUAAAAUAAGAAUAGGAGAAUUUGAAAAAAAUGAACAAAAUCAAAUUGAUGAUGAAAAAAAUACAUUUGUAGAAUUAAAGGAAGGAGAUACUUUUUCUUUCGAUUUAACAAACAAGUUAGGAAAUAAAAAUAGAGUGUUUUUAAAUUAUCCAGAUUUAUUAAAAAAUGUAAAACCAGGGCAAAUAAUAUUGCUUGAUGAUGGAAACUUAAAAAUGAAAGUAGAAGGUAUUGCAUAUAGUGGCGAUCAAGAUAUCUCAGUAAAAGCCACCGUUUUAACAGGAGGAAAACUAUAUAGCAAAAAGGGAUUUUGUAUUCCAAAUAUGAUAAUGCCAAUAGAGGUAUUGAGUGAAAAAGAUAUAAAAGAUAUACUAUUUUGUAUUAAUGAAGGCGUGGAUUAUUUAGGUUACUCCUUUGUUCAAACUGAAUAUGAUUUAAUGUUUUUAAAAAAUAUUAUUAAUGAUUAUUAUGAAAGUGAUUUUUAUAAAAAUAUAAAAAAAGAUCGAAUCGUUUAUGAUGUAAAUGAAUUACAAUAUAAAGAUUAUGACGAUAGCACCGAUUUUUAUAUAAAAGAAAUAAAUGAUUAUUAUAAUAAUUAUUAUUUAAAAAAUUGUCACACAUAUAAACAAAUAUACGAUGUGUAUAAAAAUAAUAAUUUAGAUAUUGGCGACAUGGACCAAGAGAUGAAUGAUCGUGAUACACACUUUGAAAGUUCCUCAUUUAGUAAAAAGUUGGAUAAUGAAAUAUCUAAGUAUACUCUUAAUAAGGAUGUGAAUAAGAUAUUCAUAAUUUCGAAAAUUGAAAAACCAUCAGCUGUUAAAAAUUUAGAUAAUAUUAUAAAAUUAUCGGACGGUAUUAUGAUUGCAAGGGGUGAUUUAGGAAUUGAAACGAAUUUAUCGAAUUUACCAAUAUUGCAAAAAAAAAUUAUAAAUUUAUGUAAAACGAAAUAUAACAAAAUAGUUAUUGUGGCUACACAAAUGCUAGAAAGUAUGAGAUUUAUACCAUCUCCUACGAGAGCUGAAGUUACUGAUGUUGCUACUGCUCUUUAUGAUGGGGCUGAUUGUGUUAUGCUAUCAGCUGAAACAGCCACUGGAAAAUAUCCUAUUUUAUCAUCUUCAACACAAAAUAGUAUAAUAGAAAAUGUGGAGAAGGAUUAUUAUUUUUAUGAAUAUACACAGAAAAAAGCAGAAAACGCUAAUAAUAGUAACAUAAGCUUUGUGAAUACACAUAAUCAUUUGAAACAAUUUGGAAAUAUUUCCGAUACAUCAAGUGAACAACAAAAAAAAACAUCCUCAGAUACCUCCCAUUUUGAUAAAUUAAUAUACAGUAUAAGAGAUAUAAGCAACAAUAUAAACCUCAAAUCUAUAGUUUUAUUUUCUAAUGACUUUAAUAAAAUACUAAAAUUAAGUAAUUUAAAAACUAAAGCACCAAUUGUUGUUGUAACUGAUAAUAAAAAUUUGUCACGAAAAUUACAAUUAGCAUGGGGUAUAUAUCCAUACUAUUCAAGUAUAGAAUCUGGUACAAAUAAAGAUUUUAUAUCCUUAAUUAAUUAUGGGUGUCAAAUUUCAAAGCAAGAAGGUUUUGUUACAUCACCUGAUGAAUAUUCGCUUGUUACAUUUACUGAAAAUAUAAAAAAUUCGGCUAAUUUGAUUUAUUUAUGUCAACCAUGUUUAGAAAACUAA